CCUGAAACUUGGUACAGUUCAUAACAUCAUGCUUCAAACUUCCUCAAAUCUUAUCAUUCCUUCUUCUGGCCAAGAGAAAAACGCAUCAUUAUCAGAGUAGAAAGACAGCACCAGUAUGAAGCCAUCGUUUAGGAGACUGAACUUCAACCAAACCUUGUGUUUGUGUUUAAAGCCCCAAGUUGGCUAUGGAGCUGCUUCCUGCUCUUCCAAUCUGUUGGUACUGUCUCCUGGUGUUGUUGAUGUCAAGACAUGAAACCGAAGCAGUCUUGUCAGAUGUCUGUCUCCUGGAUAAUGAUGAUGUCUUCUUGCUGAACUCUACAGGGUUAGAUGAAGUUGUUGGCAUCACCAACUUUAAGGAAAGCUUCGCGUGUGUCUUGUACCCAUCAGAUUUACUCAACUGCUCCUGGUCAUUCCUCACUUUGGAGAAGGACACUCAUCUUUCCAUUGUUAUGAGUGAAUGUAAGGAGGAUACACCGGUUGAUUUAGAAUCCAAACUGUCUGUGCCAAGAGUUGGAUUUUGGGUGUUGAACAUGAGUCAAAAAGAUCAUGUAAUCGUUUGCUUUAACAUGACAAAGGAUGUGGAAUGGAUGGUUAACAUCAGAAGAUAUGAAAUGGACCUGAUACGGCCCUUGUCUCCACCUACAAAUGUCUGUGCAUCCAUUGAAGGUACACACCUUUACAUCUCCUGGAAUCUGCCUGACUCUAACAACAUUGCAAAUCCUGACUGUUUUGAGUACCAGCUGGAUUUGGGCGAACAGGAAGACCUGAGGAUGCUGACGGGAACUCUGCAGUAUGUGGAGUUGAAUGCCGCUUCGUCCCGCAGCUACAGGGUGAGAAUUAGGACACGAACAUCACAAUAUUGCCAUGGAUACCAACAUUGGAGCCAAUGGAGCCCCACAGUCAGUUUAGCAGCUGAAGAGCCCUGGUACACACUCGACCCCCUGGUGAUAGUAGCCAUUUGCCUGGGAAUACCCAUGAUCCUCCUUGCUGUGCUGUUGAUGGUGCGCCAUCAGAGGUUGACUAGUAUCCUGUUUCCUCCAAUCCCUCGUCCUCCACCGCAGUACAAAUAUUUUCUAGAGAAAGGCGACCCUGUCUGUUUCUACCCUUCUGUGCCAGAAAAACACGAGGAAGAGAUCACUGAGGUGGAGGAUGCAGAGCAAAACCCUGAAAGCAACACAGAAUAAAGACGUGCAUGCUCAUUUUUACUCCACAAGUCGGUACACACAGGUUGGACGCAUGCAUUGAGCAUUUACAAAUGUUCUACCAAAAUUCAAAGAGCUUUAGAAAUCUUUUGCAUUAAGACUUUCUGUUGUUUUUAGGAAUAAAGACGUUUUGUCUUACAUUCAUUUAGUUUUUCAUGCAUUUCAUCAAACUGCGACUUUUAUUUACUAUUUUCUGGCAGGAUUUGAACAAGAGGCGUUUGAGACUUACACCAAUUUCUUCACAGUUGUACUGAAAUCUUAAACGUUUCUACAAAAUAAGUUUAUUUUUUACAGUUUAUAAUAAAGUCUGGUUAUGAACUGUGAUCUGCUCAUUUUGGAGUCAUUUUUCUACUUUUACCUGCUGUUUGUAGAGGGUUGGGAAACACUAAAUCAGAUAUUCAUGCACAAGAAAACUUAGUUAGCCUAGUCUAGUCUAGUUAGCCAUCGUCUUCGUCACUGCCGCGGCUCCGCCCUCUCGGUCCUCCAGGCAACGCCUACUAAUGUUGCAGUUUUUAAAAUUGAUACGUGGGUGGAGUAAGACUCUGAGGGGGGCAUUACCACUACUUUAAGGUAAAAAAGACAAGAAGUUUUGACUUUUAAUAGUGGAACUUAAAGAGCAAGUCACCC